CAUUAAUUACAAUUAAUACUCGCAUAGCAACAAAAAUUUGCCAGACAUCUCAUCAAGGAAGGUUAUCUCCAGUUAAUUCCUACUUUACAUUAAUGUACACGCGGCCUAAAAGCAUUUAGGUGCUUCCAUUGUGCUUUAAGUCGUUGUGUGACUUGCUCUCCUACUCUCAAUAAGUUCGUGUGUACUCGUUUCCACAUGGCAAUGCUUCAAAUGAUCACUUGAACUGAACAGUAGCACUCGAGACUUGCCACAGUUAGAUAGUUGUAAAUUUAGUUCAUUUUGUGCACGAGACAUCAAUUUCCACCGAUUUGCAAAAUGAUUCCUCAAUUGUGACUAUUUUAUUUCUAAGUGUUACAUGACUCGAUUAUUGCAGCUAUCAAAAUAGCAUAGAUAUUGUUGGAAACACUUGUCACAUUAUAUUAUCAGUCGGUGUGUGCGUGGUUUGUAAAUAUUGAAAUAACUCGCGAUAUGCCAGACGUAUUCAUAAGAGCAAAUUCAUUCGUUGGGCAUUCUAGCUCUACCUCUCGUCGAGUAAGCUUUUAAAAGUGAAUUCCAUCCACACGCUCGGUUUUAUUAACGGAAGCUAACAAGGUCAUGGAUAAUAACGACAUACUGACAGAGCUCGAGACUGAGGGCAUUGUUGAGCUGUCUGCAUUCUACACAAAACGGCAAGAUGUUGCCCCACAUAUAUUCAGUUAUCUGGAAAAUACCCUCACGUGGCAGGGGCAGUCGCAUGGAAGUGAAUUAGUUCAAGUUUUUGUACCAAAGGGGAAUGACUGGAAAACAAAUGGAACAUUUAUCUCUGUUGGGCAUUUUCCCUGGAAGAUGAUUGUAACAUUCACAAUGGAAGAAAGUGGUAAUCAAUUAUUUAACGCGCUUGUAAAAACAAAUCGUUUUGACUAUGCCAAUGAUAUGUAUUUAUACUAUGCUCUUCAUGAGAAACACAUACCAAUAGUUGAUAAGGCGAUGUCCCAGCGUGGAUUAACAAAAAUCUCUGAAGAUAGAACAGAUUUAUGGAGAUUAGAUCAAAAAGAAGGCAUAUUGAAACAACCAAGUUUUCCAAAUGAUUAUACAAUGGCUCCACUAAACAUCUGUGAUGCAGGUCAAGUGAAUGAUGUGUGGCCCCAUAAGUCUGAUAGUUCCGAGGGUUAUGUGCGUAUGUUAAUUGAACUGAAUGGCGGAUGGGGCUUGUACACUCAGGAAUCUAAUGAGUUAGUUGCUUGGAUUUUAAAAUCGCAACUUGGACAACUUGCGCUGUUGCAAGUAACUGAAGAUCAUCAAAAGAAAGGUCUUGCACAAGCGCUUGUUUAUGCUCUAUCAAAGGAUAUAGCUCAGGAAGGCUUUCCUGUUCUUGCCACCAUUGUUCAAACUAACGUUGCAUCUCAAAACUUGUUUGCAAAGUGUGGCUUUGAGAAACUUUUCAUGUGUACCUUUAAUGUAUAUAAAUAAUUCUAGUUAAUUAUCAUUUUUAAUGCAAUUUCUAAUUAAACCAUUUAAAUCAA